AACGCGCGCUGUCCCGGGACGCCGACGUCAGCAGGAGGCUGGGCCGUGCCCGCGCCCGCGCUGUCCCGGGACUUGGUUGCAGCUGCAGUGAUGGAGCUGCGGGGCGAGUUGCUGAAGUCUAUCUGGUACGCGUUCACGGCGCUGGACGUGGAGAAGAGCGGCAAAGUGUCCAAAUCCCAGCUGAAGGUCUUGUCUCAUAAUCUGUGUACAGUGUUACAUAUCCCACAUGACCCAGUAGCACUUGAAGAACAUUUCAGAGAUGACGAUGAUGGGCCUGUCUCCAGCCAGGGCUAUAUGCCUUAUCUCAAUAAAUACAUCCUUGAUAAGGUUGUGGAAGGUGUAUUUGUCAAAGAAAACUUUGAUGAACUCUGCUGGACUUUAACGGCAAAGAAGAACUACAAGCAUGACAAGAACGGAAACUGUACAAUUUCAGAUCGGGAUGCCUUCCGGCUAUGGUGCCUCUUCAACUUCCUGUCCGAGGACAAAUAUCCAUUGAUGAUGGUUCCUGAUGAGGUGGAAUAUCUGCUGAAGAAGAUCUGUACAGAAAUGAGCAUGGAAUGGAACGCGGGCGAGUUGGAUGAAUUCUUAUCUCAGGAGGCCUUCCAGAACGGAAUCACAGUCUGGGUGUUUCUGGAAUGGGUGAACUCUGGCAGAUUUACCAGGGGAAUAGAAAGAGAAACACUCACUAUGGCUGUGGAGGAAGUCUAUCAAGAAAUUAUUGAAGAUGUGCUUAAACAGGGUUACUUGUGGAAGAAGGGGCAAUUGAGGCGAAAUUGGACAGAGCGGUGGUUCAUUCUCAAACCGAACGUCCUGUCCUACUAUGUGAGUGAAGAUCGGAAGGAAAGGAAAGGCAUUAUCCCUUUGGAUAGGAACUGCUGUGUCGAGGUUCUAUCAGAACGAGAUGGCAAAAGAUGCAUGUUCUGUGUAAAGACCCCAUCAAGGACUUUUGAGAUGUGUGCAUCAGACACAAAACAGCGACAGGAAUGGACAACAGCCAUUCAGACAGCAAUACGGUUACAGGCCGAGGGAAAGAAAUCAUUACACAAGGACUUAAAACAGAAAAGACGUGAUCAACGAGAGCUUCGGGAGAAACGACGAGCAGCAAAAGAGGAAGAACUUCAGAGACUCAAACAGCUUCAGGAGGAAAAGGAGAGAAAAUUGCAAGAACUUGAAUUACUUAAGGAGGCUCAGAGACAGGCGGAAACACUGUUAAAGGAAGAGAAUCAGCGAAGAAAACAACAGCACGAAGAAAUGCAAAGGGCGUUAGAGAUACAGCUUCGACAAGCUGAACAGGCUCGAGCCAGCAUGCAAGUUGAGAUGGAAUUAAAGGAGGCAGAGGCAGACCGUCAGAAAAAGCGGAUUCAAGAACUGGAGGCCAUGCAGAAAAGUUUAGAGGAAGCUCUUUUUGCUGAAGUAUCUGCUCGGCAGGAAGAGGAAUCGAAGAGAUAUGCACAGACCAACUUGCUGACUGAGGAGGAAGAGAAGAUGAAAGAACUCAUGCAGCUGAAGGAAGAGCAGGAAGAGCUAAUUAUAAAAACCGAGAGAGAAAAGCAAGAGUUAAAGCAAGAGAUGGAAAAUAAAACAAAGAUUUUGGAGGAGGCUCAGAAACAACUGGAGGAAGUGCGGGUCAACAGGCAGCGAGCAGACCAGGAUGUGGCGGCUGCACAACGAAAAUUACAUCAAGCAAGCUCACACGUAAAGCACUGGAAUGUGCAGAUGAACAGACUAAUGCAUCCGAUUGCACCAGGAGAGAAACGUCCAGUAGCAGGAUCUUCCAGUACAUCAAGUUUUCGAGGAUCAGGAGGGCAUAGGUUGGAGGUGUAAAAUUAUCUGGAAAGCCUGAAGAGAGGGGUUAUGCAACUGCUGGAGUGAGUGGAAGAGAACUUCCAUUAAUCGUUGUCAACUGUCCUUCAAACACACUCAUAAUGGAGGACAUGCUUUAAAUGGACAGUUGAAAUGAAACUCAGUGGAAAUAAGAAACCUGUUUCAAGAUUCACAAUUGAGGACCGGAACAUAUUCCACAUUGAAAACUGUAUGGAACUUGUAUGAGCACCAGGUGUUUCAGAAUAGUUUUCCAAUGUUUCAGAGUGGAUUGCAUCAUCAGGCAUAAUAGUUUAUAAGCGUGAAAGACACAUGACAAGAAGGGAGUCGUCAUUAUCUUGAGCUUCUUCCAAAUAAGUUCCUUCAAGCAAAAUAAUCUCAGAUUCCCUUAAAUGAUCAACAAUUGUUUGCAUUGCCUAAUGUUUCCUUCCUUCGAGAAAGAACAAAGACUACAAAAUAAGAUUGGAGCAUUAUUGUAUUUACAUUCUUGCUUACCACAUGAUAGUUUGGAUUUUUUAAGAAUGUUGAAUAUCAAAAACGUGUGUGAACAAUGGUUGGCUUGUUUUGAAUGAAACUUGUUUUACUCUCCAGAAAAGGCUUUAAAAUAAUUCAGACAACAAAAAGUUUGCCUUUCAAUUCAAGGUACUUUAUUGUCCAAUUUGUUCAUAUAUUUUAAUAGAGAGGCACUCCUUAUUAAAUAAAUAAGUUUUCAAUUGAUGAUCCUUCUAAUAAAAUAGUCCACAGACCUUUGUAUUUACACACCCCUACCACUAAUGGUCUGAUUUUGAUUAGAAAAAUCUAAAACAGUACUUGCCCAAACUUGUCAGUGUGUGUCAUUCCAAAGCCAGAAUUGAGCAAGCAAACUCAUUCUUAUUCAAACUGUUCAGAUCCAUUGCAAACUAGUUCAAAGCUCUGGAUCAUAGAAUUGCAUCCGAAUGGUGUUAUAAACGUGAAUGUGAAGAAUGUACAUAUCGAAUGUUUCGUCAAUAACAUUAUACCAUUGUCAGAUUUUGUACAGGAAUGCAAGUGUAGGUUGGAGGAUAUAAAAGUAUUUUCGGCAUUGGCAGCUUUAUUCCUGCAAUGUGCUUUUAAAUGUACAUGACCUUUUAUUUUAGGUUACAGUAAAAUAUAUUUCAAAUCAUAUCAUCGCUUUUAUUUUUAUGCUUAAAUCUGUAAAGUGUACAUGCAGUCAUCUUUAAUAAAUACUCGUAAAAUGCA